AUGGGAUCUCCUUUAUCACCUAUCAUAGCUGAUAUUGUCUUACAAGACCUAGAAAAGAAUGCUUUGAAUAUGCUCAAAUUUACCCCCCGUUUUUAUUUUAGAUACGUUGACGAUAUUUUAAUGACAGUUCCUUCCGACUCUAUUGACAUGACUCUUUCUAUUUUUAACUCAUUUCAUGACAGACUACAAUUUACAUCUGAAUUAGAAGUUGACAGAAAAAUCAAUUUCCUAGAUGUAACUAUAAUUGUGGAAAAUAAUGCUUUAAUUUUUGACUGGUUUCAUAAAUCUACAUUUUUGGGCAGAUAUUUAAAUUAUUAUUCCCAACACCCGUUAUGCCAGAAGAAGGGCACGAUAAUCGGCCUUGUUGUUAGGGUUUUUUCUUUAUCACAUCCAAGAUUUCACAGCAAAAACCUUGAUCUUAUCGUUAGAAUCCUUUUGGACAAUUGCUAUCCGCUGAACGUCAUUUUUGAAGUCAUGAAUAAGAGGCUGAGAUUCUUGAUCGGUAGUCAUGGUCGCAUUGUUAAUGGGACGCAGAAUAGUUCCCCCACUUAUUUCACUGUUCCGUAUUUACCAAACGUUACAGAACAGUUUAGGAACAUCACAAAAAACUUGGAUAUUAAACUUUCCUACACCAGUUUAAAUAAACUAAACAAGUUUAUAAAAGUGCAUAAAGACUGCAUUCCUAGUAACUACAAAACUAACGUAGUCUAUAAAAUUAACUGCUCUGAUUGUGACGCUUCUUAUAUCGGUCAAACUUCGAAAAUGCUGAAGACAAGAAUUUUUGAACAUAGAUCUCAGAUUAACAGGAAUCAUGUGACUCCUUCAACUGUCACAAGUCACAGACUGCAGUGUGAUCACUUUUGUUGGGAUGAUGUUCAGGUUUUAGACGAAACUUCAUCUUAUUAUAAAAGACUUAUUUAUGAAAUGUUGUUUAUUAAGAGACAAAAGAAUGGUUUAAAUUUGCAGACAGACACAGAAAAUGUACCGUCUUUAUAUCUUGACAUUAUAAACAAGUUACCGAAAAUUUGA